ACAACAAAGUGAAAUUUAAGAUUUCAUACACGCUAUUUUCCCAGACGAUUGAUAUUCAGCAAUUACAUCAAAGAAACUAUCGUGAUACAGUUACUAAAAUGUUAGGAUCUAGGUACAGUAUGUCCAGAUAUGGUGCAGAGAAGCCGCCGCGAACUGCGACGGUGAUCGACGAUGAGGACGAGUUGUACACCGGCUUCAACGACGUGUCCCCAGCUCUGGACACCAGGAGCCUGCGAGAUGACCACGCCUUCCAGCCGACCCUGCGCACGGCGGGGAUUGGCAGACAAGUGCCCAGCCGGAUGGGCACUGGGAUGUAUCGGCUGGGCACGGUGAGUGUGCGCGGCGGGCCGUCGCGUGCUGGCACGGCGGGCGCGCGUCCCGUCACCGCCGUGCGCGCUGCGGGCUACACCUCCACGAGAGACACGCCCAGCAGGGAGGAGAAGAAAGAGGAUAGUGUUGAAGACAAAGUAAAACAAAUAGAAUCCAAAAUAAUGACCUUAGUAGAAGAGUCGUGCAUGUUGAGCGCGCGAACUAACUCAGAAGAAGAGAAUGAUAGCAAGCGAGAACAAAAUCUGAGUCAGGCACUAGCGAAAGCUCAAGAAGCAUCAUCGUUGGAAAGACAGUUGAUUCGAAUGCAGGAGCAAUCUAAUUUAGGGGACUCUCAUAACUUAGAUCUAACUUUUGCUGUGCUCUGUAAUUUGGCUGACCAAUACGCACUGAACGAGAUGUAUACUGAAGCACUCAAUACAUAUCAACUUCUUACGAGGAAUAAACUAUUCCCGCAUGCCAACAGACUGAAGGUAAACAUGGGAAAUAUUUACUUCAAAAUGGGUGAACAUCCAAAGGCUCUGAAACUAUAUAGAAUGGCGUUAGACCAAACGCCGACAGCCGAAAAAGACUUAAGGAUGAAAGUGAUGCACAAUAUCGGUCUGUUGCUAGUGCGUAUGGGCAAAUUCCGCGAUGCUGUCACAAAUUUUCAACAUAUUAUGCACGAGCAAGGGGACUUUCAAACAGGUUUACACUUGGUGCUGUGUUCAGUAGCCCUUGACGACGCAGAGGGCGGCAAAGCGGCGUUUCACGCCAUGCUCGAUGUGGAACCACCCACAUAUCACCACGAUAUUGCUAUUGAUGAUGAGAACGACGCGUACGAGUGCGUGGUACGCGACGUGGUGCGCGGCGACAAGCUGUCGCGUUGGUCGCGCGCCGCCGCUGCGCUCGCCGAGCGCUGCCUGGCGCUCGCCGCCGCCGCACUCAUGCGCCCGCAGGCGCGCACGCACCGCGAGGAUGACUCGGGUGGUACCUCGUGGUGCGUGGAAGCUCUUCGCGGGUACUCGGGCGGAGGCGCGGGCGCGCGGUUGGAGCUUGGUAGCGCUUUGGCAGCGCUGCGGGGCGCUGCAGGGGCCGGCCUGAACUCCAGUGCGGGACCCAUGGCGGCCGGGGCUCGAGCGCUGCAGCGGCUGAAAGCGGUCGCCAGGGCGCAUCCUAAUGAUCGAGUCUUACGCGCGGAAGCCAACGCUGAUGCCGCUUUUGUAGCAUACGCGCUAGGCAAAUACUCGGAAGCCCGCUCGCUGAGCGAAGCUGCGUCUCGCGACGACCCGUACGGCUGCGCGGCGCGCGUGUGCGGAGCUCUUGCCGAGCUAGCAGCGUCCAAGCAGCCCGCCUCGCCCGGCACAACGCCCUCGCCGCUGCCCACCACACCCGUAGCUGUCAGCGUGGCGGGCCGACUCGCUGAAGCUACGCAUCUCGACCCCACUGAUCUGAUUGUCAUGCAUGAUUCUGCUCUAGCUCUCGAAAUGUCGGGUGAAGACAUCGGGGCGGAGGCCCGCUGGCAACGCAUCCGCAGCGCGGCGGGCGCGGGAAACACGCUGCGUGCGCUGGCGGCGGCCGGCCUCGCACGCACCAUCCGCGCACGUAGUGACGACAACGCUGCCUCCGCUGCUGAACAUUGGUACAGCAUGAUAGGCACGUGGGACGCCGGCGUGACGUGCGCGCUGGCGCAGCUGCACAGCGAGGUGGGCGACACGCAGAGCGCCAAACAUCACUACCAAGAUGUGGAAGCUGUGUGGCCUUGUGACGUCACAGCGCUGCGGUGGCUGGCGAGCGAGGCGCCGCCCGAACAAGCGUUGCAGUACUACCGGCGAGCAGCCAGACUGCAGCCCAAUAACCCAGAAUGGGGACUCCUUAUAGGAGGUUGUCUUCGCGCCAGUGGCCGUUACCAGGAAGCAUUAUCCCUUUAUAAGAAACUCAACUCAAGAUUUCCUGAUAAUGUUCAAUGUUUAAAGCUGAUCGUGAAGUUGUGUGGUGAUCAGGGACUGUCAGAGACAAGCGCUUGGAGUCGCGAGCUGCAGAGGGCGCAAGCUCGCCUCAAACAACAAGAAAGAGUGAGUAUGACGUCAGCAGGCAGCGGAUCUUCGGGAGCGAGCCAAUCGCCUGUACAACAAAUCCAAGGUUUAUCCCGAGGCGACAGCGCAACUGGCUCAUCCGGGUCUGCGACACGAGCGCGCACAACUACUCAAGAAACAUUUGCCUACGAAGCUAUGCAACCAAAGUCGCGGUCACUCGGCCGCUCGGAGAGCAAAAAGAAACAUCUGGAAGAAUUCGACGACGAUUUACCUUUACCCCCCGAGUAACUAGUAAGUUUUUACUCGUACAUAUAAGGAACAUACAUUUUUGUAUCUUUGUUACGUGAAUAAAAUAAUUAAAAGUAAUCAUUGUUUCAAUUA